AUGGAGCACCUGGAAAACUCCACAGAAUCCUCCAAACACCUCUUCCUGCACACAAAGAGCGCAGCGGACUCCCAGGCGGACAAAGGCGACGGGAACGCGUACCUGUACAUAUUAAUAGUCAUGUCUUUCUACGGAAUCUUCCUCUUUGGUAUAAUGCUGGGCUACUUCCGCUCCAAGAGGAGGGAGAAGCGUAGGGUCAACAUCUUCACGCGCCUGGUGCACGAGGAGGAGCAGCGGGCUUGGGGCGCGCUUCCCAAAAAGCACAGUCUCACCUUUCCUCCCACUGUGUCGGGACUGAGCUCGGUGCAGGUGCCCAUGCCUUUCUGCGGUCACCAAGACAACCACUAUGGACAUCUCCACUACGAGGGUGUGCUGCACUCUCCGCUGGCGUGCACGCUGUGCCCGGAGCAAAGCAGCAUCAGCUCCCUGUGCUCCUCCGCGGACACGCGCUUCGCCAUUGAGGAGGAGGAGUCGGACAGCGGCACUGCGGAGGGACCGGAGGAGAACCUGAAGGGAGGAUCCGAAAACAGCGGAGAUGAUUCAGGCUGAACUCCACCCAGAAAUACUGUGUGACAAAGCGUUCAAAAGAGAUGGAACGUGACCUGGAGGAAAAGACCAGCAGGUUCUCAGUCGUCUUCAUAUCACAGAGGCCCAAACAUCAGCAAUGGCUUAACAUCUAUUUGCCAUAAAAACAUAAACCUAAAUAGCCAAUGCACUACAUCAAUAAA